AUGCCUCACCAUAAGGGAUACAGAGCUAAGACAAGAGAUUUAUUCUCAAAGCCUUUCAGAAGACAUGGCCCAGUCCCUCUAUCUAGAACUAUGGUGACUUUCCAAAGAGGCGACUUCGUUGAUAUCAAAGUUGAUGGUUCAGUUCACAAAGGCAUGCCAUAUAAGUUCUAUCAUGGCAAGACAGGCAAAGUUUUCAAUGUUAGCGUCCAUGGAAUCGGUGUAAUCGUUAACAAACAAGUAAGAAACCGAAUUAUCAAGAAAAGAAUCAAUGUAAGACCAGAACACUUGACAAAGAGCAGAUUUAUUCAUUCAUCAUUGAUUAAGUUAUUAUAGAGCAGCUCCUGCAAACUUAAAAAAGCUUUUUACGUCACUUGUGUCAUACCAUCCCCUUGCUCGCCAGUAAAAUCUGGCCCAGAUAUGCACGCCGAACGCUGCUACCCCUUCCAUAAGGUCCUCUGAAUCUCGUCUGACUGUAGGUGAUGAGAGGUAGGUUGGUUUGUCACGCCAUUUCUAAGUAUAUGACAAAGAGCAGAUGCAGAGAAGAGUUUUUAGCAAGGGUUAUUGAUAAUGAAAAAGCGAGAAGCGAAGGGAAAUUAAAUGAUUUGAAGAGAGAGCCAGUAGCACCAGCUGAAGGACACUUUGUUGUUACCAAAGGGACAGAGGUGAUUGACCAACAUCCUCCAGUUUAUAAGUUCAUUAUCUAA